AUGUCAGAGGCUCACUUCAUUUUCUUUCUUCUCUGUACAGUGACGCAAUCCAUGACCGGGGUCUUUGCGAACGGCAUCAUCGUGGUGGCCAACGGCAUUGCCUUGGUCAGGCAGAGAAGACUGGCUUCCCUGGAUCUGCUGCUUUCUUGCCUGGCGAUGACGCGGAUCUGUAUGCAGGUGCUCAUCUUCGGCGCCCAUCUGGUUACUCUCUCCUUGUUGAAACCAUCUGUAUUUAUUGAGACUUUUCUAAUUCUCAUAUUUAUAAAUAAAUUGGGACUUUGGCUUGCCACAUGGCUUGGUGUUUUCUACUGUGCCAAGAUCUCCACCAUCCCACACUCCAUCUUCUUCUGGCUAAAGAUGAGGAUAUCGAAGUUGGUGCCGUGGCUGAUCCUGGGGUCUCUGCUCCAUGUGUCCAUCACUUGCGGUAUCCACGGCAAAUAUAUGUGGCCAUUUUCCAAAGAAGAGUUGAUGGCCUUUUUCUCUGAAAAUAGAACUAAGAUCAAAGACAUGCAUUCUGUACCGUUUUACCUUUUCAUCGCGGAACACAUACUGCCCUUACUUAUCUUCCUAGUUGCAGUUCUGCUCUUGAUUUUCUCCUUGGGGAGACACACCCAGCAGAUGAGAGCCAUAGCAGUGGGCACCAGGGAGCCUUGUAGGAGUCCCCACGUCAGCGCUCUCUUCUCCAUUCUGUCGUUCCUCAUCCUCUACUUCUCCCACUAUGCAGUGAGUAUUUUGUUCUUCACUCAAAUUUUCCAGUUUGGAAGCCACCCCUUUCUGUUCUGCCUGAUGGUGGCUGGUGCAUACCCUGCUGGACACUCUAUCAUCUUAAUUUUAGGAAAUGCUAAACUGAAACAAAAUGUAAAAAUGUUCUUCCUCCACGGUAAGUGCUGUCAAUGA